GCACGCUGACCCUUCAUUAAAGCAAAACAACCAACAUGGGACAUUUGUAUUUCUCUCUGAUUUUAUUCUUCCUGAAUGGGGCUUUUGGUAUGGACACUGCAGACUGUCCACAUCAUUUAAGUAAAAGCGACCUCUAUGUGUUUGGAGAAUACUGUUUAAAGGUAUAUUAUGGUGACUUCGACUGGGAAACUGCCAGAAAGCUGUGUCUCAAUGAAGGGGGUGAUCUAGUACAACCAAGAACUGCCGGUAUGCAAGAAUACAUAAGGAUCAACUUACUGCCUCAGAAACAGCGAUCGGAGGAAGACGGAUUUUGGAUCGGAGCAACAGAUUUAAAUUCAGAAUCCCAUUGGAGAUGGGUAUCAGGUGACCCUCGAAUGCCGUACAGCAAUUGGGAGCCGGGUCAAGGACCGUCUCAGUCGGGGUUUCUGUUUGCCGCCGGAGAUUUGGAGGAUUGUGCAUUGAUGAAAAUCCAGGACGGAUUCCGUUGGCAUGACUACCCAUGUUCUAAUUUCUUUUAUCAUUACUCAUUUAUAUGCCAACACAAAAAAAUUCCACGCUCAACACAGAAGGUACAUUCUACUCCCACUACAACUAAAUACGUUCCACCUACCACAACGAAAUAUGUUCCUCCCACCACGACGAAAUACGUUCCUCCCACCACAACGAAAUACGUUCCUCCAACCACGACGAAAUACCUUCCACCAACAACAACAAAAUUUGAGCCAGAAACCUUUACGACGACAAGGUUUGUUCCUUGGACCGAGAAGACGACAAUGUUUAGUGAGAAGACAAGGUCAUCGACAGCUCAGAUGAUGUCAGACACUCAUUCCCCAUCUACAACAGUGAACACGAAUGCCCCUCUCCCCGCCACUACACCGGAACUGCCUUCAAAGGCGCCCUCUGUCCCUAGUGGUGCUGGCGGUGAUCCUUUCAGCGGCGGAUUUGCAUCUAUUCAUAGUUUCCCCGUUGACAACUGUCCGCCACAUCUGAGUAAAAGCGACCUGUACAUAUACAGGGAUAUCUGUCUGAAGGUGCAUUAUGGGAACUACGAUUGGGAUGACGCAAGACACAAGUGUCGUCAAGAGGGCGGAGACUUAGUUCAGAUUCGGGACUCUGGGAUGCAGCAUUUUCUCCAAAGCGUUCUGUCACAUCAAAGGUCAGAGGAAGACGGGUUCUGGAUUGGGGCGACCGACAGGGACUCGGAAUCACAUUGGAAGUGGGUAUCAGGUGAUUCUAGGAUGAGUUACAGUAAUUGGGAGCACGGACAAGGCCCAUCUCAAAGUGGAUUUUUCCUUGCUAGUGGAUCGCUUGAAGACUGUGCUCUUAUGAGAGUAGACAGUGGGUUUAGAUGGCAUGAUUAUGAUUGUAGCAGUAUAUUCUACCAUUAUUCCUUCAUCUGUCAAUACGGUAAGAAUACUAUCUUAUAUGAUAUAAUAGAACUGUUCAGCAUCAUCAUUGAAGUAUUCAAAAAUUCAUCUAGGACUGCUAGCCAAAUACAUCAUACCACAUCGGGAAAUCAUCAUAUUAAUACCGAUAGAACAACAAGUAAACCACCAGGACCUUCAACAGUGUUCAUACAUCAUCCUCAUCCCGAUACCACGUCCUUCAAACCCGACACCACAAUAUAUACAAUUCCACCGCAGACUGAUGCUCCCAUAGACACAAGUCCACCUACAACAAACGCCCCAGUACCCACAACUCCCCCCGAAACGGACGCCCCUAUUCCUUCCACAUACAUAGUGACGCAAGCCCCGUUUCCUACUACCAUGUCCCCAGAGACGAAGACCUCGCCUCUACCCGUUACAACACCGACGCCACCUACAACAACUACCGCAGCGGAAGCAGGAGUGGUUAUCAUUGGCUGAUCAUCGACUGAGGUGUUCGAAAAGAUUUAUAUAGAGAG